GUUAAACCAUCAGCUGUUCAGCCGCUUUCUUGCUUGCAUUUUUUGGGGGGCGUAAACUAACAAAUUAAUGACUGAAACUAACUUAAACAGAAGCUAAAAGACGCAAAAUGGAUUCUUUGGCCACGCGCACUCUUCCAUUUGUGUAUAAAUACAAGAAUCAUGAAGGCCAGGACUGCGAAUCUCGACUGGAUGUGACAUUUCCGUUUGAACAGGAGGAUUUGGAGUCUUGUGUGACCCAGCUCAUGAGCCAAAUGGAUCCAAUGAUGCGGAUAUUGGACGAGAAUAUCAACUUGGAGAAAGAGUUGCAGGGCUUCGUAGACACCGAACAACAAAACUUUCUGGACGACCGCGCCGAGAAUCUUUUAAAUCAGGUGGCCAAGGAGGAACUGGACGUGGAAGCCAUUGUGCGGGAUACCGAGCGCAAGUACAAGGACGAACUGUUGCAGUUUGCCGACCGCAUUGGCCCCAGCGACGAGGACAUUUUCGCCCAAAGUUUUCAUCGGCUGGUGCACUCCUCCUCUCUGGAGGAGAUUCUGAAGCGCGAACGGGCCUAUGCCAAAGUAGUAUCUGAUAUGACGGAUAUGAUGGACAACGAGGUGGAGACGCUGAAUCACUCGCAGCAGCAAGAAAUGGACAGCCAAAUCAACCAGCUGGACAUCACCACCACCUCCGAGGAUAUCAACAACUUGCUGGCCCAGCAGUACACCACCCAAAACUAUGUGCGCAAACGCUAUGAGUCCGAGUUGGAGGCCAUGAUGGGUCAUCAGAAGAACGAGUACCGCAACUGGAUCACCAGCCAGGUGAGCCAGAUGUUCCAGGUGUCGCCGGUGGCUACUCCACUGGGGAAUCGCUCCUCGAUGUUUGUCUCGCAACAGCCCUCGAUGGAGGAGAGCUUUACCAUUCACUUGGGCUCUCAGCUGAAGCACAUGCACAACAUCCGCAUCCUCAGUGCCAAUGUCACGGCGCUUUGUAGCCCUUUACAUGCGGAAGAGAGCUUAAACGGGUUGAAUAUGGCCCUGGGGCUAUACUCUAGUUCGUUGUGCGGCGUUGUGGUCCUAACGCCCUCUAUCCAAGCCCAGGCCAACAAAAACAUCAUUAAAAACGCAAACAAGUCCACCGAGUUUCACUUCGACCAGAUCGACGCUCAAUUGGAGAACAUCGAGAAACAGAUUCUUAAUCUCAGCACUGGCGACUCGAAUGCUUGCAGUGGUAGUACCAGCAGCAGCAGCAGCGCCGAGGGAAAUUCUGAGGGCAGUGUCACGCCUUCGCCGACCAAAAAAUCAAAGCCCCGAUUGAAAACGGGUGACUUUUUUAUAACAAAACACUCGAAUCUGUCGCAGUCCCACGUCAUAUUCCACCUGAUCUCGGACGAGCCAAUCAACAGUCCCAGUGAGAUCAACUCGCGCCAUCCGGUUAUCCUAGGCUUACGUAAUAUUCUCAAGACUGCCAGUAGGCACGACAUAACGACACUAACCAUUCCGGCGUUAUUGCGGCACGAAAUGAGCGAGGAUAUGACCGUGCAAUGGUGUAUAAGGCGAGCGGAACUGGUUUUCAAAUGCGCCAAGGGAUUUAUGAUAGAAUCAGCCUCAUGGGGUGGAGCAGAACUAAGCACCCUUCAAUUACUACUGCCAGACGACAUCUCCGAGAGCUUGUUCACCACACUGGCUGGAAUGGUGCCCAGCGUUUUCCAUGUGGCCAACCCAAAGAUACUUGUGGACACCAACAAGUGAACUGAUUACAUUCCUCAGCAUAAUUUAUACACGACACAUUUAAUUAUUUGUAUGAAUAUACAGUUUAUUCAGAUUCAGAGUUAUAUAUAUGUAUGUAUAUGCUUCGGUAUUCGUCGCUUCGCUCAAAAAGAUGUUUAACUUCAACACACUCAGAAUUUUCUGUAAA